CUGUACGAGGGCCUCAGGUCUCCCAAGAACAAUCAGCCCCUGGACUACAGGUGGCCCCUGAGCUACAGACAGUGGUGGGAGUGCGAGUUCAUCACUGAGGGCAUCAUUGACAAUGGUGGUGGUUUUCGAGACACCCUGUCAGAUGUGUCAGAAGAGCUGUGUCCCAGCUCCGGGGAUGUCCUUGUGCCCCUGCCCUUCUUCGUGCGCACCUCUAAUCAGGGUAACAGCGGCAGUGUCACCAGGGACAUGUACGUGCCCAACCCCUCCUGCAAGGAAUUCCCCAAGUAUGAGUGGAUCGGGCAGCUGAUGGGAGCAGCCCUGAGGAGCAAAGAGUUCCUGAUCCUGUCUCUGCCAGCACUGGUGUGGAAGCAGCUGGCAGGGGAGGAGGUCAGCUGGAGCAAGGACUUUGCCACCGUGGACUCAGAGCUGGUGAAGCUGCUGGAGGUGCUGGAGGGGGUGGACAGGGAAGCCUUUGAGUUCAUGUUCGGCACGUUGCUGAGGUGCCGGCGCUUGGUGGAGCUGAUCCCCAACGGCAGCAGCACCGUGGUGCGCUACGAGGACCGCAAGGAGUUCAUCCGCCUGGUGCAGAAGGCUCGGCUGGAGGAGAGCAAGGAGCAGAUUGCAGCCUUACGUGCUGGGCUGCUCAGUGUGGUGCCCCAGCCUGUGUUGGACCUGCUCACCUGGCAGCAGCUGGAGAAGAAGGUCUGCGGGGACCCUGAGAUCACGGUGGCUGACCUGCAGAAGUUCAUGACGUUUGAGGACUUUCCCUCUGAUGACAGACGUGUCCAGAACUUCUUGGAGGCACUCAACAACUUUACCAGUGAGGAUCUCAGUCGCUUCCUCAAGUUCGUCACUGGCCGAAGCCGCCUCCCAGUUCAGAUCACUGUCUACCCAGAAAGGAUGAACUUGGAUGCAGUGGACCUGAUGCCACAGGCCUCCACAUGUUCCUGCAGCUUCUUCUUGCCCAACUAUUCCUCGGCCAAAGCCUGCGAGGAGCUGCUGCGGUACGCCGUGUACAACUGCAUGUCCAUCGACACCGACAAGGAACCCUAUGACGAAUGA